UUAAGGUUACGUUGGCACUGUUCUCUAUAUUUAAUAGGUGUCGUGAGAGUCGUGUAGAAUACUUUGUGGUAUAAAGCAGACAGCCUAGAGUGCAUCUUAUUGUAUUUAAAAUGUUGUUUACUUAGAUAUGUAAACAAUGAUAAUUUGCAAUUACAGAUUAAAAUAGUCUGUUAUAUUACGCUAUCAGCAAAUCAUAUUAUGAAUUUAAUUUGUGAAAGCACUAUAGUUUAACACAAUCACGUUUUAAUAUACUUAUAACCUCAAUAACAGAAAAAAGUGUUUGAUUUGUUUUAAUUGAUUUUAAAUAAUGUUUGCUAGAAUACGAAAAUCCUCAUUUAAAUGUUCUGUCGUUGUCAUAAAGAAUCCCAUACGUAAAUAUGCUCUUCCAGUUACCAAAUCCGAUCAGUCAGAUAAAACAAUUUAUCCACCAAUACUGGAUCUUUGUAAAAAAGAGCAGCUUAGAAGAGAGAAGGAGGAAUGGCACAAUAAAAUUAAAAAGCUGGAAAGUGUUGAAGAAAAAUUAUUUGGAAUUAAUAUGCCUCGUUAUUAUGGAUGGAGGUGUUUAGAUUUAAAUGAUAAACAUAUUGCAUAUAAUUCAUUGGGUAUGGCCCAAUAUAUCACAAAAACACAUAUUGCAAGUGACCAUAAGUUACCCGAUUUUUAUGACAAAUUAAUUACAUCUGAACAGUUAGAUACAUUAGUACAAAGUAUAAAAACGCCUAUAGAAGAUGCUAUUAUUUUUGAAUAUUGUAACAGAUUAAGAACAGAAGAAUCAGUGGAGAAAAUAUCUGAACUUCGUGCAAAUGCAGUUGUUCAUCAAAUUAAUAGAAUAUUAUUGAGCGCUUUAGCGUCAUUUUUUCCACAUUUAAUGGAGGUUCAGGUAGAUUUUGAACCAAGACUAGAAGCAUUCUGGUUUGUAGGUAAGGCUCCUAGAGGUUCUGCAAGUGAUGCAAUAGCAGAAGUAGAGCCAAAACCUUUCAAGAAAUACCAAUUAAAAGAUAUGCCUGUACAAUACGUGGGUUCACCAAUUCUACAAUUAAGGAACAAAUUUCCAUUGAAAGAAGUCAUUUCUCUUAAUGAACUUUACACUUUGGAAUUUAAUGUUCCUAAAUUCAACUUAAAUCCUAAAGUGUUAGGGCAUACAUUUUUAUAUAAGCAUGCUACCAGUAUACCUGGUUUCUGGCCUGGUGAUCCAGAUGAAUUUGGUUCCUUGUCUUAUCACUAUACUGAUAAUUUAUUACAUAGACCAAAAACUAUGGAUGAUACAUUGGAUGCAGUCACAGUUCAGGCUAUAAUUGCAUCCUAUGGUUGGUUGUUGUCACAAGCUUGUUAUCAAGGUUUUUCUACACUGAACGAAAUUACAUACCCAUUAGUAUCACAGACUGUUAUAACAGAUGGACAAUCAUGGUCAUUUUGUACCUAUCAAUUAAAUACAACAUUAUUACGAUCACCAUUCAUGGAUGAGAAUCCUAUGUGCAAUACAUGCUGGAUAACCAAACCUGAGAUAUUGUUUGAUACAGUGGAGAAUGAGAAAAUUCAUGGCUUUAAUGAAGAUGCUUUAAAGACAUUAAUCAAAUUUUAUAUUAAUACACCCCAAGAAAGGACAGGCGUAAAUUUGAAGCCUUAUUUGGGAGAGUCUGUGAAACAUAUUGCUGAUAUUCCAGACAAUGAGCGAAGAAUAUGGUUAGAAAAACAUUUCAAGCAUCUUAUGACUAAUAGACCAAGACAUUUGCGAGUACCUGAAAUACCUGAUUGGCAAAAGAUCUACAUGAUUAAACACAAUACACGACCUCUAGAAAAAAGACGAGAUCCAUGGCAAUUCGGUUUUAAACCAUCUCAACGAAGAUUGGACGAUCAUACACCUGUUUAUAUACCAAGAUGUCUUAGGCUCCAUCCAAAUAAGCGAAAAAUAGGACGUUGGGCAAAAACGUAUUAUCCAGAUGCAUAAAAUAUUUAAUUGAUGCAAAAAUAAAGCAGUUAAAUACAUAUGGUUUGUUUCAUUUCACUGAAAUAUCUUUGUUAAUUAUUGGUACUGGCAUAAAUUAUUGACUUUUUGAUAGUUCAUUUAUAUAUUAUUAAUUGUAAUAACCGUUAUAAUAUUAGUGUUAUCAUUAUUUCAAAUGUUAUAAUUAAACACUUACGA